AUGGCUAGUGAUGAAACUGCGCAGAUCGCCUUGGAUGAAGACGAAGGGGUCACAGAGCUGGACGAUGGCGAGACGACCGCGUCUGUGCGUUCCAGCGUGCUGCAAAAUAAAGAGCAAUAUGGCAGACGAUACCACGCUUACAAGGAUGGGACAUACCAUCGACCAAAUGAUGAGGCUGAACUGGAGCGGCUCGAUAUAGCCCACGCCCUCUUUAAGAUCAUCAACCAGAACCGACUCCAUCUGGCGCCGCUGAAGUCUGACCCCGGCCGUGUUCUCGACCUCGGAGCCGGCACGGGAACCUGGGCCAUUGAAUUCGCCGAUGCGUAUCCUUCAGCCGAGGUGGUUGGCGUCGACAUCAGUCCCACCAUGUCCGAGAUCGUUCCGCCCAAUGUCCAGUUCGAGAUUGACGAUGUCCAGGACCAGUGGACAUACAGUAAGCAGGCAGACUUCAUUCACUGCCGGUACAUGGUCGGGUCGAUAGCAGACUGGCCAAAGCUGAUGCGUCAGUGUUAUGACAAUCUCAAACCGGGCGGCUGGGUCGAGUUUCAAGAUUUUGACCUCAACUACUAUUCUCAAGACGGGUCGUUGACCGAAGAGCACGCGGUCCGCCGCUGGCUCGCGCUGUGCCACCAGGCGGCUGGCAAAAUCGGCAGAACAUUACGCGUCGGCAAGCAUCUCGAGCAAUGGGUCAAGGAUUCCGGCUUCGUCAAUGUUCAGGCGGUCAGGGUUCCAGUGCCCAUUGGUCCUUGGCCGCGUGAUAAGAGACUGAAGCGGAUGGGCUUGGUCAACUGGACCCAGAUCUUUGAGGGCCUACAGGCUGUUAGCUUGAGGCUGUUCCUGGGCGUCCUUGGAUGGACCCAAGAUGAGCUGGAAUCACUGCUGGUCGAUGUCCGCAAGGACUUGAAAAACAGGGAGAUCCACGCCAUGUACGACGUGUAA